AUGAGUUUGGGUGGAUCAACAAUUCAAGCCUAUCGCCAGUUGGUCUUUUUUUAAAUCUUUAUAUUUAAUUCACCGCUCUACGGCGCUAGUGGGCUCAUUCAGAAGACACUGCGAACAAUUGCGAACAUGAUUUGAAAUUCCCGCCAGUAUUUUGUCGCUACGUAGCGACUCACUCUUAUGCUAAAGUGGUACGGCUUGCGAUACGGAGCGAUAAAACAGGCCCGAGCGUGUUCACAAAUGUGGAAGAUGUUCAUCCGGCACUUGCAUUGACAAAAAUGACAGAAAAAGAACUUCUUUUGAAUGAGCCCCACGGCGACCAAAAACGUAGAAAGGGGCGUGGCCUAGCGUGCACGGUUUAUCACCAUUUUAGCGCGAAAUUAGAAAGAAAAAAAUUAGAAAUUUAACCUCAUUUUCUAUGUUUUUCGUCAAAAAUUACCCAAAUUUUGUACGAUUUCGACGAUGUAAUUGCAUAACUUUGUUAUUAUGGGGCACCGGACAGAAAGGGCGCGCUGUUCGCAAUCUGGCCGAAUUUCCAGGCCGCGAAGUAAUUUUCCACUGAAAAUGUGGCCUAACUUUUCAAACUCGGCCUCGAGGUCGCUCAAUUUGCACUGCAAAAAGAGUUUCUCAACAGAGCGUCAUUUCUGUGCGGUGCCCCUAUAAUAUUAUAGGGGCACCGGACAGAAAGGGCGCGCUGUUCGCAAUCUGGCCGAAUUUCUAGGCCGCGAAGUAUUUUUCCACUGAAAACGUGGCCUAAAUUUUCGAACUCGGCCCCGAGGUCGCUCAAUUUGCACUGCAAAAAGAGUUUCUCAACAGAGCGCCAUUUCUGUGCGGUGCCCCUAUAAUAUAUGAGCAUCUUGUCCGUUCCGUUCAGUUAACCAUAGUUGCCACGGGCCGGGUCGGGCCGGGCCGAAAUUUCCAAAACUCCGGCCCGGCCCGGCCCGGCCCGGCCCGGUCGGCCCGGUUCAAAAAGUGGGAAUUCAUAAUUUGAAUUAUUGAUCGCAUGAAGCCAUUUUUUGUAGAAUUAAGGGUUUUUUGCAAGCAUCGAACAUUGAAAAACAAAUGUAUUUCUCAUAAAAAAUUUAUAAUAGCAAAAAAACAAAGAAGAAACACUAAAACUUUAGUUCGAAAAUUUUUUUUGUAAUAACGAAAAAAAAAUUUCCACGAAAAUUUGAAUUCCCGCCUUUUGAACCGGGCCGGCACUUUACCGGCCCGCAUGGCCGGCCCGAAAUCUGGCAAGUCUGCAAUUAACUUUCGCAAAAUUUUUCGUCUCUCGAACAAUUAAGCAGAAGACCACAGUUUAAACCUAGAAAAUUUGUUUUUUUUCGUUAUAACUUCAAAUUUUUUAGCGCCGCGUCGUCGGAUCUCACAAUGAAAAAGCUAGAAAAACAACUUUUUCCGAAGUUUCUUUUCCAGUUUUGUCUGAUUAAAAAAGUUUCUUAUGAAAAAAACUAUCAUUUUUCUCUGCUGAUUGAGUCCAUCAAACCGCGAGCAUGCGCCUUUUAGUGACGACGCUUUUACUAUUCCUGGCACGCUUUCGGUGCUUAUUUUCGAAUAAUUUUCGCAUUGAUGUUCGCAUCAUCACUCCGUAUCUAAUUUUUUUUGGAAACUUGUCUAAGAUUUACUAUAAAAAUACGAGUUUGCUAAGACAUUGUUCCUGAGGGGAACUUUUGAGCAGAUUCUGCGCAAAUAUUUCUUCUGGCUUUUUAAUAUUUCGCAAUAGUGUUCUAUAGAUACUCCGCCGGAAUACACGCACACUUCUCUUGUUGGUAUGACGAUCAAUACGACUUUUCCGCCUCCCCCUUUUCUGUGAUCUCUCGGCUCCGUCUGGUGCGUAGUCGGUGUUUCCACGAGAUUGUCAGCCGUUGCUUGUAUAGCCACAACGUCGACCGAUAAUUUAAAAUAGGAAAACGGAUUACCACUUAUUAUUUCCCAUUCCAUGUGUCAUCGUAAUUUUUCCGCCACGCGGCUUUUUUGUCAGGUCUCGUGGAGGUUCUUCUAUUUAUUCGGGAAAUAACUAUUGAAAUGAGGAAAGAAACAUUUUUCGAUUUUUCCUGUUUGGAAUAGAAUUUUUCUGCGGAACACACCCGAUAUUUCCCAACUCUGCAAGUCCGCUAUUAUUUCUUCAAGUACCAUUUAUUAAAAUUGCAAAAUUUGCUAUUAAUAGGUAAUUGUCAAUUCUUGUAAGAUUUUGAAAGUAUUUUGUGAUGUGGUCAUGUUUUUAAAUGACAAAUUAUUAGCUCAGUAAUCACAUGACCAUGAUGAAACGCGCUGAAAGGAGUCCGCACGGGGUCGUCAUGGGUACAUCGAAAACUAAAAUUUGAACUUCCGCCGACGGUCGAUUGCGUAGCGCCCCUAUCUUAAAGCAUUAGGCCAAAGCAAAAUUCUUGAAAAUUUCAGUAGAGCGCACUUGCGCCAGUGUACCCCGCCACGACUCCGUGGUCCGUGACAAAAGGUCGGAAAACCAAAAAGGUCGGAAGACAAAAGGUCGGAAGACAAAAGGUCGGAAAGCCAAAAGGUCGGAAAAAAGUGACAAAAGGUCGGAAAAAAGUGACAAAAGGUCGGAAAAAAAUGACAAAAGGUCGGAAAAAAAUGACAAAAGGUCGGAAAAAAGUGACAAAAGGUCUGAAAAAAAUGACAAAAGGUCGGAAAAAAGUGACAAAAUAUCGGAAAAAAUGCCAAAAGGUCGGAAAAAAAUUACAAAAAGCCAGAAAACAGGUAUUUUAGCAUUUUUUCCGACCUUUUGGCAUUUUUUCCGAUGUUUUGUCACCUUUUUCCGACCUUUUGUCAUUUUUUUCCGACCUUUUGUCACUUUUUUCCGACCUUUUGUCAUUUUUUUCCGACCUUUUGUCACUUUUUUCCGACCUUUUGUCAUUUUUUUCCGACCUUUUGUCACUUUUUUCCGACCUUUUGGCUUUCCGACCUUUUGUCUUCCGACCUUUUUGGUUUUCCGACCUUUUGUCACGGACUCGCUGAAAGUCGCAUUUUGGGGGACUUGGCCUAGAAUCCGAUGAAGUUUUCUAGGCCACGUUUGCCAAAAUGCCAUUGUUUUUUCGCCGAUGGCAUGUGAUUACUGAGCCAAAAACAUGCCGCUUAACACUGAGAACACUUUUGCUUGAUUUUUAAUGAAAAGGGGAAAGAAUCACCGUGUCGGCAUAACUGCCAAUUUUUGAAUGUUGCACGUUGCAGAUUGUAGAGCAGCUGAGAAAACAAAAUGUAUUUCCGACUGUGAGCGACCCGUUUCACUUCUUUAUUAGUUUUCACUUCAGACUAAACAAUUUUCUAAUAGAAAUUUCAGACGAAAAAUAGAAUCACUGGCGAAUAUGUCAAAUUUGUCGCAGGACGACGUGACAACUGGCCUACGAACAGUCCAACAAGGGCUUGAAGCUUUGCGCGACGAGCAUUCUACUAUCUCGAAUACACUGGGAACAAGUGUCAAAGGUAUGUUUGAAAAUUGUUGAAUAGUCACUCAUGUAAUUAAAUUAAACUUUGCAGGAGUAAAGGAUGACGAGGCUCCAUUGCCGAAGGAAAAGCUCAAUCAGAUAAAUGAUAAUUUGGAUAAGCUGAUGAUCGGAGUGGACGAGACAUCCAUGAUGCUAAUGGUUUUUCAACUGACGCAAUCUAUGGAUGCACAGCACCAAAAGUAUCAAGCACAGCGUAGAAGGCUUUGUCAAGAAAAUGCGUGGCUCCGCGACGAACUGAGCUCUACUCAAACAAAGCUCCAGCAGUCCGAACAGAUGGUAGCUCAAUUAGAGGAAGAAAAUAAGCAUUUAAAAUACAUGGCCUCUAUCAAACAAUUUGAUGAUGGAACACAAGGCGAUACUAAAGUUGUUGCGGACGUUAGUUCCCAGCCGGUCACUAGCGAAACUCUGCAAGAACUUGGAUUUGGUCCCGAAGACGAGGAAGAUCUUAGUGCUAGUAAGACAUGAUUUUCUUGCAUUUUAACCUAAAUUUAUCUGUUUUUCCAGGUCAGUUCAACCAGCCGACGCCUGCACACUCCAUGGCUGCCUCGGCUAACGUUGGAUACGAAAUCCCAGCUCGUCUUCGAACUUUGCAUAACCUUGUUAUUCAAUACGCGUCUCAAGGUCGCUAUGAAGUGGCAGUGCCACUUUGCAAACAAGCUCUGGAAGACCUGGAAAAGACAAGUGGACACGAUCAUCCUGAUGUUGCCACAAUGCUCAACAUUCUAGCCCUCGUUUAUAGGGAUCAGAAUAAAUACAAGGAGGCCGCGAAUCUGCUCAACGAAGCUCUGAGCAUCCGAGAAAAAUGCCUCGGAGAAAGUCAUCCUGCCGUUGCCGCCACACUCAAUAAUCUUGCAGUUUUGUUCGGAAAGCGCGGAAAAUUCAAGGAUGCUGAACCAUUGUGCAAGCGUGCUUUGGAGAUACGCGAAAAAGUUCUCGGAGAUGAUCAUCCAGAUGUGGCAAAGCAACUUAAUAAUUUGGCACUGCUUUGCCAGAAUCAAGGAAAGUAUGAAGAAGUCGAAAAGUACUACAAACGAGCUCUUGAGAUUUAUGAAAGCAAAUUGGGCCCAGACGAUCCAAACGUGGCCAAAACGAAGAACAAUUUGUCUUCGGCGUAUCUCAAACAAGGAAAGUAUAAGGAAGCCGAAGAGCUGUACAAGCAGAUACUGACAAGAGCCCACGAAAGAGAAUUCGGUCAGAUAAGCGGCGAAAAUAAACCAAUCUGGCAGAUUGCCGAAGAGCGAGAGGAGAAUAAGCACAAAGGAGAGGUUUCGAAUUCUGGCGAGCAAGCCGGAUGGGCAAAAGCUGCGAAAGUAGACAGGUCAGUCAUUUCUUUAUGCAUUUCUUUUUCAUAUUUCUUUAUUUUUACAGUCCAACUGUAACAACCACAUUAAAAAAUCUGGGAGCUUUGUACCGCAGGCAAGGAAAAUAUGAAGCGGCCGAGACUCUGGAAGAUGUUGCCCUGAGAGCCAAGAAACAGGUGUGUUUUACAAUUCAUCUUGAUUAAAAUAUACAAAUGUUUCGUUUUUACACAGCGUGUGGAACUUUAAAAAUAUCGAAAUUGAACAUUUAGCAUGAAAUGUUUGGUGGCCCCCGUUUGUGAUGAAAACCGAAAAUUUAUGUUUGGAAAACACGCAAAAUUGGUCACGUUUCAUGAUUAGUUGGACCUUUUGCAGUCCAGAAGCUGUAAAAGUUAGAAUUUCUGCUUAAUGAGCUGCUUAAAGGAGCCCGAAACUGACUGUUUAUAAACUUAGUUGUUGUAUCAUUGUUGUUCAAUUUUUUAUAUUGCCUGUUAUAAAAGUUGCGCUUGUGCUUUUGUGCAAAGCGUUUCCCCACCGAUUUUUCGCAUAAUUCUGUAGGGCCUAUUUGAUUCCGAUGCACGUUAAAAUUGAAUUACUGAUGCCAAUCCAGAGUGCUUUUGUAAUUAGCAAUAUGGUUCAGUCUGUUCAGGCUAGUCAUUCGUCUCACUCGUAUCGUUUCCUCUUUCAGCAUGAACCACUGCGUAGUGGAGCACUUGGCGGAGUGGACGAAUUGAAUCAGUCAAUGAUGGGCUCAUCAAUCGGAGGAGCGCGUUCACAAAUGACCACAAGUGUUUCACAAACUGGACUGAAAAACAAACUGAUGAAUGCAUUAGGGCUCAACUGA